AUGCAAGAUCACACCAGAGCGAGUGCUCUACUUUCCUCGGCUCUUCAGGAUCAUGGUAUCAGAUUCAAGAAAGAAGAUGUUGCUGCCGAGCUGGACAAUGGGUCACAACAGGGCCGAGAUAAUGCCCAAUGGGUGUUGGAGCAUAUAAGUCCCAGCACGCUACUCUCCAAGGACGAAGCAGCCUUUGUGAAAAACUUGGAACGAUCCGGUCUACUUGAAACGUUUCUACGACACCCCGAUUUGACAUCCACGCGAGCCCUGACCGAAGAUGAAAUCCGCGAAUCGACCGCAACGUUGAAAUCAUCAACUGCAAUAUAUGCAAAACAAGUGACGGUGUUGAGAUCUCAACUUGAGCUUACCGAACGGCUACAGAGUGAUAGACGAGAGGUUGAUCGAAACCAUGACCGGUACAUAACUGGCUUGAACAGGCGGCAUCUGUUGGACAAACAAAGGAUAAAAGCUAUGGCUGAAGAUAUCAAGAACGAUCUGGAAAGCAGAAUGCACGAAUAUCAACAACAAAAGCACGCGGAAAGAAAGUACCUCCUUCAAAACGUGAGCUCAAAACUAGUGGAAGACGACGAGGUACUAUCGAAAGCGGAAAAACUUGCGGCGGAGUUGGAGUCGACAGAGGCAGAUGGAAAGUUGGAGAACCAUGUGUUGAAUCUGGUAUCUACACUCUCGAAACUGUCCUCGGCAGAAAUUCGUUGUCGAUUGGAUCGGUUGUACCUCAAAGAACUUUUGUCGGAUGAUGUCAGCCCGCCAGAUGUAUCCGGCAAUCACCGAGACACGCAGAUCGCGCUAGAGGAAGAUCUGGAGUCACUAUAUUCGGAAAUUGAAGUUUUAGCUGAAAUGUCUGCCAGACAAGAGUUUGGACAAUCUAUACUUGGCGAACUCAGCAAGAAGAAACAACAUUUCGUUAAUUCACUGGAAGACACUUUGGAUAUGAUCCUGGAGGUCCUCUCGCAGAUGACACACGAAACUGAACAAGAGAUCGAUAAGGUUUAUUAUCGUCAGUCGCACCGCGAAGCUCUGGAUCAGUUGUCUGUUCUUUUCAAGGAAGAAAUAUCCAGCCGGGAGGCUGAGCAGGUUCAAAUCAAAAAGGCACAUCGCAGACAUUCGUCUCUAUCCUCACCCAUGAAGGCACCACAACCCCGAACCUCAAUUGAGGAAGAGUCUUUACAAUCUUUAGAAAGUUUUUUACGACGUCUCGGCAUCUCACCUUCAUCUUCUCUUACCGCACACGAGCUGGCUUCAGAAAAAAAGUCAGAAUUGGCUGAUAUUAUUCACCACAAUAUAAGUAUAGCGGCCGAAAUGCCUCUCUACGAGACUCUCGGCUCUAAUGAUGCGGCCAAAGAGCUUCUAGCCUCUAUUCUGCAUGCCGAUUCGCAUGCACAGCCGUCAUUAGUUGAUCAUAUUGAGAAGGAACAUCUCAGUGAUCUCGAGAAGGAACUCGCUGUCAUUCAGAAAGACAUCGAGCAACUCGAUCUGAACGUCCUUGUGGAGCCGGAUAGGUCUCGCGAUAAGUUUGUAGAGAAGUGGUCGAGCCCUUGA